CUCAGUGUAUAUUUUCAUGUUCCUUCUGCAUCUACACUGAGAUGCCUAUUUACCCUUGAACCUUUAUACUACAAUAAAAUCUUAAUAUAAUUGUUUCUAUAUUUUAUAUUACAUAUGUUGGCAUCAUUGUAUGUUAAAAGUGAAUACUGUAUAACUGACUUUGCUGGGAUGGUAUUGUAAUAGUAAAUUAUCUUAGGAAAAUAUGAUAACUUGGAAGCAAAGGGAGACUAUUUUGCAACAAGAUGAGUGAUUUUUAUUGUUAUUAUUACUUGUUUAUUUUAUUAAUUGUUUGUGAACUGCUGUACUUUGCGGUUUUUUUGUUCCAAUCAGUAACUGGAGUUGUUGGUUUGGUACAACCCACUCGAUUUUGGGAAAUUGACAUUGCUUUUAAUUGAAUUUUAAUCUUAUUUCAAUUUUCCUUUUGGGAAAUUAGAAUUAUAACAAAACUAACAAUUUACAGAAUCCAUUAUUUAGGCAUAUUGGUACAUUGUACUUAACAGUUUCCAUGUAAUACAUAUUAUGAAAUUAUGUUAUAUGGGAAGAGAUGCUUACCUGUUAUUGUACACAUAUAGAAAAUUAAGUGUCGGGAUGUCAUGAAUACACUGAAAUGUUAGACAAUUGCAUGAAUUAUUCAAAGUCUUUGUCUUCCAAUAUUUUAGUGUUUUGAAUGUUUGUUAAUUUAAGUUAUUUUGUCUUGUGUAAUAGGUUUAUAAAAUGGUAUAUAAACGGAAGAGGGGGGCUGCUGCAGACAAAAAGGAUGCAGCAGAGAUAAAGAAGAAGGAUCCGAAGGAAGCUUGGGCGAAGUACUAGUGCUUCGUAGUUUUAAGGAGCAAUUCAAGCUUCUUAGCGAUGAAGAGAUUGACAAUUGGGCUUCAUACGAAGUCGAGGCUUCCCCCUCCAAGGUUGGUGGUAGAGGGAAAGGGAAGAAGGUGAAGGAGACAUUAUCUGCUGAGCCAGGGAUUGACAACAACGAAGGUGUGGGGGACGUUCAAGUUUCUGGCCGUUGCUCAUUCGAGCGUUUGGGGAGAAUAGUCCCACUGCUCAACGAGGCUCAAAAAGAAAUGGUGAGAAAUGCCGGUUUCUCAACAUUUUUAAGGGAGGAUGCCCCGUACAUAGACGCUAAGAUAGUUAGUUGGCUGAUCGAUCACGUGGAUCCAACCACUUCUCGGCUGGAGAUAUUUGGAAGAACGAUCCAACUAUCCUCCAAGCUGUUUGAGGAUGUCAUGGGAAUCCGGGAUGGCGGAGAACCCGUGGCAACCGAAAGUGAGCGUGACCUGGUUGAGUUUGACCUCCUCUUUAAGGUCAAGGACUGUAGGUAUUCCCUGACUUUGCUGGAGAAUGAGCUCAAGGAAACCAGCGACAGUGACUACCUGUUUCUCAUUAAGUUUCUCCUUGUCUGUAUUGGAACUGUGUUGCUGCCGAAGAAUGGUACCGAGGUCAGCACUAGCUACAUGCAUUCUUUAGUUGACACAAGGUCAAUUAAGAAGAAGAAUUGGGCGACUGCCGGAUUUCGAUAUCUAAUGAGCUCUCUACACCGGUACAAGACGAAGAACACCAAAAAUGUCUCCGGUUGCACGAUAUUUUUACAGCUUGUAUAUUUGACGCACGUAGACUGGACUGCUACUCACGUGGACCGGACUGUGGCUCCAAUUGACUUUUGGACCACAAAACACUGCAAGUCAGUGUACAAGUGGAUUCGAGACCACGGUGGUCACACAAGUGGAAAGGUACAUUUAGUACUUCAAUUUUCUGAUGCGUUAGAAUUUUAUUUGAGAGAUAUGCUAACUAGUUUUUUUGGUGUACUGAGCAGGUGAAAUUGACUAACACGUAUGUGUUAUUGCCAAGUUUUGAAUCCGCUGCAGUUGGGCAACCCACAAAUGACGCAAUAUACAAAGCUGUGUGUGAGUUGAAAGAUGAGGUCUUCCGGCUUGAUUUGAAGGUG